UGCUGGAGAGCGCAGUAGUACGCAUGGGCGUGUUGGAGAUAGUAGGGUAGGGCUGGAGAGCGCUGGAUGCUCUUAACGAGCGCACAUGUAGAGCACUUGAUGUGCAGAGGAGAUCUCUCUUUCUCUCUGGCGAUGAACCGCGGCUGACCACCCGAUUCUCCAGCACAGUUUUGAGAGACUUUCCCCCGACUUUAACCCCAUUCAAGUUUCUUGAGUCGCAGGGGGGGGCUCUUCAUUAAUACCCUGGCCUUGCUAACUCCGGGUUGGUCCGAGCGGGACCGUAACAGCCUCCGCGGGGCUCCGUGGAACUGCCCCGAGCCGCGCGCGCUCAUGGAGGGAGACAUCAUGGACAAACUCGAGGACAUGGCUUCGGUCUACGAGUUCGACCCGCUGACGGGGAACAUCCCCGCCACCAAAGUCGAGAUCACAGUUUCGUGCAGGAAUCUUUUAGACAGAGACACGUUCUCCAAAUCUGAUCCACUGUGCGUCUUGUACACUCAGGGUGUGGAGACCAAGCAGUGGAGAGAGUUUGGAAGAACGGAGGUAAUUGACAACACUCUAAAUCCGGACUUUGUCAGAAAGUACAUCCUGGACUACUUCUUUGAGGAGAAGCAGAACCUGCGCUUUGAUUUAUAUGAUGUUGACUCUAAAAGUCCUGAUCUUUCCAAACACAAGCCCCUUGAUCUAUACGACUUUCUUGGCCAGAUGUUCUGCACACUGGGUGAAAUCGUAGGGUCUCCGGCCAGCCGAUUAGAGAAGCCUCUUGGGGGCAUAGCGGGAAAGAACUGCGGCAGUAUCAUCUUAUCUGCUGAAGAACUGGGGAACUGCAGGGACAGUGCAACCAUGCAGUUUUGUGCCAACAAAUUGGACAAGAAGGAUUUUUUCGGGAAAUCCGAUCCCUUCAUGGUCUUCUAUAGAAGUAACGAAGACGGCACGUUUACGAUCUGCCAUAAGACUGAGGUGGUAAAGAACACUCUUAACCCUGUUUGGCAGCCAUUCACCAUUCCAGUCAGAGCUCUCUGUAAUGGAGACUAUGACAGAACAAUCAAAGUGGAGGUGUAUGAUUGGGAUCGUGAUGGCAGCCAUGAUUUCAUCGGUGAAUUCACCACCAGCUACAGAGAGUUAGCCAGAGGCCAGAGCCAGUUCAACAUAUAUGAGGUGGUGAAUCCAAAGAAGAAGAUGAAGAAGAAGAAAUAUGUAAAUUCUGGCACGGUGACACUGCUGUCGUUCUCAGUGGAAUCGGAGUCGACUUUCCUCGAUUACAUCAAAGGAGGGACCCAGAUCAAUUUCACUGUGGCCAUUGAUUUCACCGCCUCUAACGGAAAUCCAUCCCAGUCCACUUCUCUUCAUUACAUGAAUCCAUACCAGAUGAACGCCUACGCCCUGGCACUGAAGGCUGUGGGGGAAAUCAUCCAGGACUAUGACAGUGACAAGAUGUUCCCUGCACUGGGAUUUGGAGCCAAGCUGCCCCCCGAUGGACGGGUGUCUCAUGAGUUCCCCCUAAACGGCAAUAUUGAAAAUCCAUACUGUAAUGGUAUUGAGGGGAUAUUAGAGGCAUACCAUCAAAGUCUAAAGACCGUCCAACUAUACGGACCUACUAACUUUGCCCCUGUUGUAAAUCAUGUGGCCAGGUACGCAGCUGCUGUCCAGGACGGCUCACAGUAUUUUGUGCUCCUCAUCAUCACAGAUGGGGUUAUAUCAGAUAUGUCACAGACCAAAGAGGCCAUCGUGAAUGCUGCCAAGCUUCCCAUGUCCAUCAUUAUUGUUGGAGUUGGACAGGCUGAAUUUGAUGCUAUGGUUGAGUUGGAUGGUGAUGACAUCAGGAUUUCCUCGAGAGGAAAAUUAGCAGAGCGAGACAUUGUCCAGUUUGUGCCAUUUCGAGAUUACAUGGACCGGACGGGAAACCACGUGUUGAGUAUGGCGCGACUGGCCAAAGACGUUCUGGCUGAGAUUCCCGACCAGUUCAUUUCUUACAUGAAGAGCCGGGGAAUCAAACCCAAUCCGGCUCCUCCUCCGUACACACCUCCAGGCCACACACACCACACACAGAUCUGAGCACACGCUCCCAAACCUUCUUUAACACAACAGCUCCUCUCCCUGGAGUCAUGGGACAGCUGUACCGGAGCUUUUAGGAUUCAGCUCCCAGUGUCACCGUGUGUUUGAACUCUUCGAGACACUCUGAGGUAAAGUGGCAUUUCUGUUUGUGCCGUUUAUAUUUUCUGCCCUUUCGUUUUUUUUUCAUUUCCUCGGAAGGGUGGUGUGAUCCACGAAUCUGACCCAAGGGCAGCUUUUUUGUUUGUUUUAUUUAAAAAUAUCUAUAUCUUGGCCUGUGACUGUUUCUUAUUUUGUGGAUCAGUUGAGGAGGAAGAGCAGGAGGAGGAGGAAGAUAUUUGUGGUUUCAACUUGUGCCUGUCUGUGACUGUUUCAGUGUACCAGGACAAGUGUGCCCUAAUCUGACAUUUGACCCCACUCCACAUUGGUAUACUAGAGAUUGCGCUUUAUAGUGACGUUUUUAGAUUUGUAUCGCAUUCAUUUUGUAUCGGAUCAGGCCUGUGUCCAUUUGGGUUUAUUACGUUACGCAUUGCUUGUGCAGAAAUGUUGUUUGAUUCUCUGUCUUUAUCCAUUAUGAUUUAGGAAAGCGUGCAUGUGUGAGAAGAGUUAUUUUGUUCCUAUUCAUGAAUGGUGUGAUGAGAGAUGUACUAUUUUCCCACAGUUUCACCUGCCUGAAGUGACUGUAGAAGCACAACCUCAUCAAUAAUCUGCAUUACUCUCGCUCAUGUGCUUUUGUAGGAAUGCACAGGGGCCAUUUUGGCUAACCCUGUAUAAGUGCACAGCCGAUAUGGGUCCUCUCUCCCUCUCAGGCAGAAAUGAGGCCUGGAGUGUGCUCAGAAUGGUGUCACCCACUCAACCGUAGUUCAUUCACCAAUUCAAUUUUGUCAAGAGGCUUUUAAUCAAAUAAGAGUGCCUGAUGUAUCUGUACCCUGCCAGUACAGGGCUGAAUGGAGGAGCUUGUGUAAUUGAGCACAUUACAGUCCUGUCUGGGAAUAAUAACCAUGAGCAUUUAGCCCUGUGACAGUGUAUGGGGUGUUCAUUAUCUCCAAAUGUAUUUCUGCCAACCCAUAAGGCAUUGACAGAGGAUCAAAGCAUCAGAGGCUUUUCAUCCCCGAUAUGACAUUGUUUUUUAUUCUCUCUAAUUUAAAAUUCUAAAUAUUUUCUUAGUUCAAAUCAGUUGAAUAAUCGAUUUGCAUUUAUUGCACACUAUAUAUAUAUAUAUAUAUAUAUAUAUAUAUAUAUAUAUAUAUAUAUAUAUAUAUAUAUAGGUGUGUGUGUGUUUUUUAAUGUUAUUCUUUCAUAAUUUAAGUCAGUUAUUUUUGUUUUUUUAAAUACACUACACACCAUAUACAACAUUAAUACUACAUUGUCCUUUUUCAUGCCAUUAAUGCAUUUUAUUCUGUAUAUUUGUGUGUUUAUCCACCUUGUUUUUAUUUAUUUUUCUGGUUUAAUUCAGUUUAAUCCAUUUGUAUUCAUUUAUUUUAUUAUUUUAUUUUUGAAUAAAUUAUUAGAUUUUACACACCAUAUACCACAUUAAUAAAAAUUCAAAUUUACUUUCCAUUUUCCCCUAUGUCAUUAAUACGGUACAUUUUAUUUUCUCUAUUUGUGUGUGCUUAUCUACUUAAAUGUAUAAUUCUAAAUAAUGUUCAUUUUAGAUUUAAAUCAGUUGAUUGUCUUAAGUUGAACUGAUUUGCAUUUAUUGUACACUUUAUUAUUGCUUUUUUCAAUUAUAUGUUUUUGCUAUUUAAGUAAAUUAUAAAAAAAAUAAAAUAAUAAUAAUGAUAAUAAUAGGAUUUUUACACACCUUAUUCCACAUUAGUAAAUAUUUUGCCCUCAAGAUAAUAACUGGAAAGAUUGCUGCUUUUUAAAAAAUAAAAUAAUAUAAAUAUAUAAAAACAUAAAAACCAGCUGGUGAACCUUUAUCCCAAAUGAUUUCAUGAAAAUGCCACUGAAACCAGUUUAACUAUGCAUAUCGUCAAAUGAUUUUACUACACAGAGGCUUGGUAGACUGUCACUACAGAAAUCAAUCCAAUAUGGGGAACGUUUUCUAAAUCUACCGUUUUAGGAUAUUUUAAUGCAACACUAUCACUUUGUAUUACAAAACACUUUUACACUUAACACAGAGUCUAACUGCCUCAUCGUGGUUUGAAAAAAAACAACAAAACAUUUACUUACUUACUUUCAAUUUACCCUCAAUCAAAAGCGUCAAUGUUUACACUGCUGCAUGUUCCCCAAAGAAGGUCCAGAGAUCAUCUUGGGAGCCAUUGAUGUCCGAUGAACAGGAUGUUGCGACACUUAUUGUAUUCGUCCAUUUCAAUGCCUUCAAAUUAAUGACCUUUUCUCAGUAGCAACCCAACACCAUUCAGUCUGUUCAUCAAUUCUUUGUCAUUUGUGAAGUUAGUGACAUCAAUUCCCUUUUUUUAGGCAGGAAAGUCAUUGUGCAUAUAAUGUCUGAUCACUAGCUUGGAUCUACUGAAGUAGCGCAGAGGGGAUUUGCUCUGUGAGUUUAUCUAGAAAAGCACACAAUGGAAGUUCAAGCUUUAGUGAAACUGAUUGACUUGACUGACACAAUGUAAGGUCGAAUUGAUCAUUUAACGCGAGAAAAUCGGGGACUCAAGGUUCUUGCACACUAAGUAAGACAUUUUUUAUGUGCGUUUUUUAGUUUAUUCAUGUUAUCCUUUCCCAUCAAAAUGCACGGAUGCAGAAAAUCAAUUUUGAUGGAUGAAAGUCUCAGAGGCAGUGUUUAAAUGUGAUUGAUACAAAAUGAGGUGGUGUUUAUUUUUUUAUAUGCGAAAGUUUCAAACUCAAGGUUCUUGCAGGCUGAGGGGCCGUUUACAUGACAUCAUAUACACAAAGCAAAUGCUAAGUGCACAUCAGUACAGACGACUGGCCUGGCGUACGUAAUACAGCGCUUUUACCCGUAAAAGUGAAUCGUUUUUGUGUACAAGUGAAACUUUUUAAAAACACAAGAGAAAAACUGUUUUGUUUUUGACUACAUUGUUGUCAUGUAAACGCAGCCUUGGUACGAAUUUUCAUGUACGAUUUUUAACGUGCAAAAACAAAUAUGGACAAAUAUUUCAGACUGUGUGCAAUGACCUUUACCUUUUUAAAAGGUAUAAAUAUGUACCGUUGAAGGUACCAAUGGGCACCCUUUAGGAGUAGAUAAGGUAGCCAGGUGUACAAAAGUUGCUGCCAUAUCAAAUUUGUAGCUUUUUGGGGAUUUUGUUGAUUGCAAUUUGAACAUCAGAUUUAAUUUGGACGUAUAAAUGUUUCUCCUCAACACAGUCCAAACGUAUUAUACCUGCACUAUAUGCAACAAUGUUCACUGUACUUAAAGUGGCUCAUAGAAACUGAAACCAAGAGGAAGCGUAAAAUUGCUCAUGCAAAACCGAACAGCAUUGUGGUAAAUUCAAAAACCAAAAACACAACAACAACAAAAAAACGAACUGCUGAAUGAAAUGCUGUCCGUUCAUACAGAAUGCACGUCCUCGACUUAAAAACAAAAAUGACAUGGCACACGAAACAAGGUCUUGCAGCAAGCUGAAUUUCUUUUAAUUUAACACCAUUUUUGAAAAAUGUCCAAAAAUGGUUAAAUGUCUCCAUCUUACCAGAGCAUGUUUACAUACAAAAAAAAACCCCAACUACAAAGCAUUGGAACUGAGAGUACACUGGUAUGAUGUUCUGUUUUCUAGCAUGGACCUACAAAUGUUUACAGUCUGCUGUUUUUAAGCAAUUCUCAUUUCUCUGAAACAUUAAGGGAGCACUUUACUGCAACGUCACAGGCCUGCUUUAAAUAAGCAUCUGUCUGUUUCCCUUUCUUAAGACGAUGUUGUAAGAAAAUGGAUUUAUUUUGGUUCCUGCCUGGAAUGUACGAUAAGCCAUUAAAUACAGUGUUCAGGAAAAAAAAAAUAACCAGCGUUCGUGAGCAUCGAAUCGCUUCAUAAUACAAUGCAGAGGAUGUAUGUAUACCUGUACUACAGGAAGCGUGCGACCUGUAACACAUACACUGAGUGCUGUUCACAUGUAAAAUACUGUAGAGACUGUUUUCAUUGGAAUACUUGUGCAUGUAUGGCCUGAAAUUUAGUGGACUGAUUGGGAUUGUUUUCUCUUGCUAUUUCUGUAGUUAUGUUGGGAUGUUUAUAUAUAUAUAUAUAUAUAUAUAUAUAUAUAUAUAUAUAUAUAUAUAUAUAUAUAUAUAUAUAUAUAUAUAUAGUAUAUUAAAAUAUAUUUUAAUAAUCAUAAAUUAUUUUCACCUAAGGCAUUGACAGCCAACCAGCAUAUCAUGACCAUUAUUAAUAAUAAAAAAAAAAACAACUUGUAAUAUACAUAUAAAUCACAAAAAUUCAUGUUCUUUACAUAUUUAUUUUCGAUGCAACCAACAAUAAACCAUUUUUUCGCAUACUAUUGUUAUUAUUAUCAUUUGUUUUGCAUGUUUGCUCCCAAAAAAAUUCUAUUGUACAUGAUCUUUGUCAUACGGUGGGUUGUGAAAUGCUUUGUAUUGAAAUGCCUUAACUAAAUACGAAUAAAAAAGGAAGUCUUUUGCAA